CGCUGCGGCCUGCUCGCGGGCCGUCUCCCAGCACCGGCGUGUCCCCCGCCCCACCGGGCCCUCGCCACACCGAGGCCUCUGGUUCUCCUGUUCCUGCCCCCCGUUUAUUCUCCUCCCAUUUCUGCCUCCCUGUUUCUGCCCGGUGCCCUUUCCCCACGCAGAGGCCAGCGUGUCCGCCCCACCCCUCCCCCCACCCCCCCAUCCACACAGCACUAGGACCCGGGGAGGGGACAGGGACCCUGCUCACCACCAUCCGCCAUGGCUGGGGAGGAGGAGGCUCUGCCUGGGGGCUGUGAGCAGAUGUCCCAGGGAGUGACCCUCACCGACCACCUCAUGGCUGCACGGAGCCUGCCCAGGCUGGAGGGGACCCUGCAACCAGCGAGCUGCUCCGAGGAGUUCCCGGCCCUCCAGACCAUCCGUUUGGAUCGGGAGGACAUCUGCACCAUCGGGAGGCUUGGGAGCUUGCCGGGGAUUCACAGCCUCUACCUGCAGCGGAACCGAAUUGAGAAGAUCAAGAACCUGGACUGCUUUCCCAACCUGCGGUUCCUCUCCCUGGCUGGAAACUGCAUCCGCAAGGUGGAGAACCUGCGAUCCCUGCAACACCUGCGCUUCCUGGACCUGUCCCAGAACCAGAUCCAGACACUGGAUGCAGAUGAGCUGCCCCGCAGCCUCCGCCUCCUGGACUUGACAGGAAAUGAAUGCACCCACCAACCCGGCUACAGAGAGCUGGUGGUGGGAGCCCUGCCCCAUCUCCUGCAGCUGGACGCCCAGCCCCUCCAUGGCUGCAUGGAUCCUGCCCCAGAUGAGGAAGAGGAGGAGAAGCAUUCCUCCAGCAGCGAGGACAGUGAUGAUGAGUUGUUCUCUGAGCUGAGUGCCCCUUUCUGCACAGGCAAAGAUUUCUUCACAGAUCUGCAGCAGGAGCUGGCUGGGCGCUCUCGGAGGAGGCAGGGGAAGGCCCUGGAGGAACACCAGGCCCGCCUGCGGGAGCUGCAAGAGCACAGGGGCUUGCUGCUGCCCCCACUGCUGUGCUCGCUGGGCACAGAGAGCUGCCUAGCCCCCAGCCCAGCAACCACCACAGCCCCAGGCCCUGGGGGGCAGUCUCAGCUUCAUCCCCAGGCAAAGGCAGGGCUGUGGCAAGGACGCAGCCGGCAGCCAGAGCCAGCUGCCAUCCUGAGCCAGCCCCGGACCACAGCCCUGCAAGGGGAGGCUCCUACCAAAGGGGCAGGGAAAUAGGCAGCGCCUGAAGCACCCGGCACCAGCACAGGGCUGCACAGUUGGAAUUAAAGCUUCUUUAUUCUU